UUUAGUCAUUUAUUUUUUAGCAGAUAAAAUCUGAAAAAAAAAUAAAAUAAAGAAAAAACCGUGAACAUGAAAUUGGUACCAGAAUCAAAUCAAAACAAAAUAAACAGAGUAGGGAUUGUGGACGUAACUAAACUUUGAUGUAUGGUAUGGCUACAACAAGCAGUAGAAUGGUGAAGGGGAUUUUGCUAUUACACCUCUCUUCCACUUCCACACCUCCUUCUUCUCUGCUUCGUCUUCUUACUCGCGACUUUUCUCGCCCUCUGUUACUCUCUUCUCUUCAAUUAAACCGUUCGCACCAUGCCACUGCAAUUCGAUGCGCUUCCUCCUCAGCUUCAGAUUCUGGUAACAAAAAAGUAUCCUCUCGGUUAUCACAGGUCCAACAGCUUCUCAAUGAAGCUGAACAUCGAUCUCUCUCCGCCGAUACCAAUGCCCCUAUUCCUAAAAUCACUUUGGAUCAUGUUACUGUGAAUUUUGCCAGAAGUGGAGGACCUGGGGGUCAGAAUGUCAAUAAAGUGAACACCAAGGUCGACAUGCGGUUCAAUGUUGAAAAUGCAUAUUGGCUAAGUGAAAGGGUCAGGGAGAAAAUUAUACAAAUGGAGAAAAAUCGCAUAAACAAGGAUGGAGAGCUUGUGAUUUCUUCAACCAAAACUAGAACGCAGAAGGGAAAUGUUGAGGAUGCUUUGGCAAAGCUUCAGGAAAUCAUUGAUGCAGCAUCUUAUGUUCCACCACCUCCAUCAGAAGAGCAAAAAAAGAAAAUAGCGAAGCUGGCUGCCAUAGGAGAGCACAAACGCCUCAAAAGCAAGAAGGUGCAAUCGGAUAAGAAAGCGCAAAGAAGAAGUAAAAGUAGUUGGGACUAAUACAUUGUUUUGCAGAAUCUUUAACCUAUUUAUCAUCUUACAGGGCACAAAAGUUCAAUCCUCUGAUACUAUCAUAAUUGAAUACAACACACAUCAGUUGAAUGGUUGAAGAUAAACAAGAAUUCAAACAACAUUAAUCAACAUGAAUGAUAUCCAAAGUGGUUUAUGGCUCUGCAUAGUGUGGUCAAAAUUGUGACAUAGUUAUGAUUUAAUGCAAUAGGAUAUCUUCAAAUUGAAAUAUAGCAUAUGACAUAGUAUGUUGCUUUUAUCUACAAUGUUUUCUUUGUCAGCUUAAGCUCUUCUGACUUGGCAAAUUGUGGCAUUUAUUGGCCUUUUGACAUGUGUCAUGAUAUAGAUCUACUUAGAUAUGAAGGUCAACAACUCUGUGGAAUGUGUCCAUUUUGGUAGUUGGGAAGGUUGGGUCCAUAGUGAUUUAUUUACUUGCUUUGGAUAAGAUUCAUUCAAAGGAAGUGUGUAUCAGAAUCAGAUAGAUAUUCAGAUGGUGUGAAAGAAAUGAAUUUCACCAACAGCCAUUAAUACCUUGCUUUCCAGUUUUACUAUAGAAACAUGAAAUGUUAUUUUGCUUGA